AUGGCUCAGUUCAACAUCACCCUCAAGAAGGACGCUCCCAAGGAGGAGCUUGAGGCAGCGAAGAAGCACGUUACCGACCAGGGCGGCAAGAUUGUCAACGAGUUCACCCUUAUCAAGGGCUUCACUGCUGAGAUCCCCGACGACGCUGUCUCAACCCUCGAAUCCAACGAGCACGUCACCGUUGAGAAGGACUCCGAGGUCCGUACGCAAUAG